CCCGCCCCGCGCGCGGACCCUCCAGCUGCGGCCGGUUACAUUCCAACCGCCUGGAGCUUCCCGCGCGCCUCGCCCCUCCCCCUCCCGCGGCGGCUGCCCGGUGUCAUGGCUUCCUCCGAGGUCGCUCGGCAGCUGCAAAAUGAUAAUUGUCGACCCUUAUCUCUGUCUGGCCAUGUUGGUUUUGAUAGCUUACCAGAUCAGUUGGUUAACAAAUCCAUCAACCAGGGCUUCUGCUUCAACAUUCUUUGUAUUGGGGAGACUGGAAUUGGAAAAUCAACCUUGAUAGAUACUUUGUUUAACACCACUUUUGAUGACCGCGUAUCAACACAUUUUCAACCAAAUGUAAGACUCCGAGCUCAGACGUACGAACUCCAGGAAAGCAAUGUUCGGUUGAAACUGACCAUUGUAAAUACAGUGGGAUUUGGUGACCAGAUAAACAAAGAAGAUAGCUAUCAGCCAAUAGUGGAUUACAUAGACGCACAAUUUGAGGCCUACCUCCAGGAAGAACUGAAAAUUAAACGCUCCUUGUACAACUACCAUGACAGUCGCAUCCAUGUCUGCCUCUAUUUUAUUUCACCUACAGGUCAUUCCCUUAAAACGCUUGAUUUGUUAACCAUGAAGAAUCUUGAUAGCAAGGUGAACAUUAUACCAGUCAUAGCCAAAGCAGACACCAUUUCUAAAACUGAACUACAGAAGUUUAAAAUCAAACUCAUGAGUGAAUUGGUUAGUAAUGGGGUCCAGAUAUACCAGUUUCCAACAGAUGAUGAAACCAUUUCUAAAAUUAAUGCCACCAUGAAUGGACAUUUACCAUUUGCUGUAGUGGGGAGUAUGGAGGAAAUGAAGGUUGGAAACAAAAUGGUGAAAGCUCGACAGUACCCUUGGGGCAUUGUUCAAGUGGAAAAUGAGAACCACUGUGACUUUGUAAAGCUUCGUGAGAUGCUUAUUUGCACAAAUAUGGAAGACCUGAGAGAACAGACUCAUGCACGGCAUUAUGAGCUGUAUAGACGCUGCAAACUGGAAGAGAUGGGCUUCAGAGACACAGGCCCUGAAAACAAACCAGUCAGUCUACAGGAGACCUAUGAAGCUAAGAGGCAUGAGUUCUUUGGCGAAUUGCAGCGGAAGGAGGAGGAGAUGAGACAGAUGUUUGUGCAGAGAGUCAAGGAGAAAGAAGCAAUAUUGAAAGAAGCUGAGCGAGAGCUGCAGGCUAAAUUUGAACACCUUAAACGACUUCACCAAGAAGAGAGGAUGAAGCUGGAGGAAAAAAGAAAACUCCUGGAAGAUGAUAUGAUUGCAUUCAAUAAAAGAAAAGCUGCUACUGAGUUACUUCAAGCACAGGCAUUUGCAUCUACACCUAGCGUUAGUUUGAAAAAAGACAAGGACCGUAAAAACUUUAUGUAAUACAGAGGAUUAUGGAAAGCAAAUGUUAAAAAUUAUACAAGUAAGCUAUAGUUUCCUAUGCUUUUUCUUUUUCUUCUGUAUUUCUUACCAAACAAGAAUUUGGAAAAUGGCCAUUACUACUGCAAGUUACAGAAGAAAAGUAUAUGGUCAAUAUGCAUACAGCAUUGUAAGUUACUGUCACAUUAAUAUAAUUUAAUGAACAUUUCCAUUAAGCAGCUACGUUGAUAUGCCCUUAUACUUUAUGUGCAUAUGGCCAAGUCACAUUUAAGUGCAUUGUACCAAAGAAAAUAUCUCUGCCGUAAACAGUUUUCAUUCAUAAUAUGAAUGCUGUAGUAGAGAAGUAUUCAGUGAAGAUAUAUAUUAUAUUAUAGCCUUUUGAAAGUAAUUUUGAUACAUUAUGUUUACUUACUAAACAGCACUUAAUGUAACUUCUGAAGUGUUUUGAAAUGUAUUAAAUAUUUAAAUCUGCUCAAAUAACCACUUAUUAAUUUUGCUGACAAUGGUUUGUUUUUUAUAGAAACACUGUCCUGAUUUUGUGAUCUAAGCUUUCUGAUGAAAACAAAUUAUGGUCUUCAGUGCUGUAGUGUUGCAUGCUAAUAUAUUUGUAGUUGACAUUACUAAUUGAAGACCAAGUCAUUUAAAAAUAUGGUCUAAUCUACUUUCAUCUGCUUUUCAGUCUUUGGCCUCUUUACAUGUAUUCCGUGGUUCAGAAGCUGGGCAGUUUUAAAAUUAACUGGGCUAUUAAAGACACUCGAGUAACUUUACAAACACGAAUAGUCCCAUUUAUUUCAAUGAGACUACUUGCGUGCAUAAGUUAAACACGUGUAUAACUGUUUCCAGGAUUGGAGCCUUACUUUAUUUGUAUCUCUUUACUACAUAAAGACAAACUGUUUAGUGUCUUACAGAAAAGGUUGAAGAAUCAUUUUUUAAAAACAAACUUCAGAAAGUAGCCGUAGCUUUGUAGUGUUAAAAUUAUGUCAUACAACUAGAACAGAUGGCUAAACUUCCCUUUUGUUAACUUCAGCAUCUUUAGGUUAAAGCACAUUUAAAACAAUCCUUAUAUUUUAAAAGUCCCCAAUAACUAUUUAUCUGCAAUAGUCUAUAGACAAUGUAAUUCUCCAAAGAUGACUUGUAUAUUACUAUUUUUUAAAUAAAAUAUUAGUUGCUAAAA